AUGAUGCAGGAGGAUGUUCUCGUUCCAGAUGUGCAGCGGCUAGGCGCUUCGGGACAGGCAGCCCAAAGUGAGCCUCAGGAGCAGGUCUCAGCACAGGCAGAUAAGAUGAGGCUUCACACUGCUCCCCAGCAGCCGGAGGAGAAACCACCGCAUGUGAUGGAAACAGAGCAGGUAGCUGCCAGACCUGCUGAGCCUCCAAAACAAGAGGUGCCACCAGCAUCAACAAGGGUCCAACAAGAGGAAGAUGGUGGGAAGGAUCAGUUGGGGCUGGUCCUUGGAGACUGCUCACUGGGGGCUGCAGCCAACAGCAGCAUGCAGCCUCAAAGGCAGCUCUUGGGAGAACAUAGCAAAGACCUCAAUGCUGGUCAGCGGGAGAAGAAGCAAGAGGUUGGGUGGAAAAUGAGCCAAGAAGGCAAGCCCAGCGCAGGACAACCAGGGGCCGUGACUGCAGAUGGGGCAGGAGCUGCCCCAAGGGGUUCUCCUGAAGCCUGCCUGGACCCAGACCAUCUCUACAAUGUACUGUUCAUCGGGGACUCCCACGUGGGCAAAACAUCGUUCCUGUACCGGUUGCACGCUGACACCUUCAACCCACACCUCACUGCCACUGUAGGACUGGAUUAUCAGGUCAAAACCCUUGUUGUGGACAACAAGCGCUUUGCUCUCCGCCUGUGGGACUCAGCCGGUCAAGAAAGGUACCGCAGCAUCACCAAGCAGUUCUUCCGGAAGGCAGACGGGGUCGUGCUGAUGUACGAUGUCACAUCGGAGUGCUCCUUCUCGGACGUGCAGUACUGGCUGAGCUGCAUCCAGGAAGGAGCAGAAGACGGAGUCGCUGUUCUGCUUCUCGGGAACAAAACCGACUGCGCUGCACAGAGACAGGUCCCUACGGAGGAGGGGGAACGCUUGGCCAAGGAGCAUCAGCUGGUGUUUCACGAAUGCAGCGCUGCCUCGGGCCACAACGUCUCCGAGUCCAUGGUCAGCUUAAUCAGGUUGCUCAAAAUUCGUGAAGAGGAGUUAAAAAAUAAAGCAGAAGAGGUACCAAAACCACCCCAGAAGAAAAAGGGCUGCUGCUGGUGA